AUGCCACUAAAUGUGACGGUAAAGUUCAAGAAUGAAUGUUCGCAUGUUAUCGUUGUUUUUUAUGGAGUUUUCAAACGAAACGCCAAUCGAAGACCCGAUUCUGAACGUACGAGUAGUAUACGUUUCAUUGAGUUCAAUGCUAGUCAAAAUCAACUUCCACCACUUUUUCGACGAAGAUUUAUUGAUAACUUGCGUGAAUUGGAUAUAGAUAUUAUUGUGGCUCGAGGAGAUGCUGAUCCGAUGAUCGUUGGAUUAGCUCAAGAUCACGAUGCCUAUGUUGUCGCCGCGGAUACAUAUUAUCAUCUCUACGAUCUUCCACGUAGUUAUGUUCCAUUGAAAUUUCUCAAUUUGCAAAGACUCAAAGAACCACUCUACCGGAUGAACGAUGUUUUUGCAGCAAUGGAUUCAAGUAGUGUUGCUUUGCGGGCAUCAUUGGUUAAAUACGACUUUGUCGCUUUGCCAGACUUACAAAAGUUUCUUUCGACAAUACAACCAAAUGGUCAAAACAACUUUCAAUCAUGGCUCGAUAGUACAGAAUCAGAUGAACAAAAACGCCAGUUGAUAGCAAUUGAAUGGCUUCUUCUUCGUUUCAUUCAACAAGUUGGCAGCACCAAAGCAUGUGUACUAUUAAUUCAACUUGUUGCUAUAAACAAGCACUUAAUUCAAUUUCUUUGA